AUGGCUCUCAUGGUGCCACCACCAUCCAAGCCCAAGCCCUUCCAAUUCCCACCUCUUCAAAGAUUCGAUCCAUCAAAAAUCACACAAAAUUCAAUACAUUUUUCAUCAAACGCAAGAUUCACACCCAAUUCUCUCAAAGAUAGCUUCUUUCUCCGAAUAAGAGAUGCGAAGAUCAAAAGGGUGAGGCACACGCCAAUUGUGUGUGCAGCGUCAAUCCCUUUAUCCGGGGAUGAGAAAGAUUCAAACUUUGGGAGAAUUCUGCUGUCGGAUGUGGUGGUGAAGAGGAAGAGGAAUGUGUUUUGGGGCAGAAAGUGGAAUUCUUUAGAUAUUGGGAUAGUUUUUGUGGUGGCGGCUAUGCAUUUGUUGUGUGUUUUAGCUCCUUCCACAUUCAACUGGGGUGCCUUUGGCGUUGCAGUUGGAUUGUAUGUCAUUACUGGACUUCUUGGAAUCACUCUCUCUUUCCAUAGAAAUCUUUCACACAGGAGCUUCAAGCUUCCCAAAUGGCUUGAGUAUUUCUUUGCAUACUGUGGUUCUCUUGCCCUUCAGGGGAAUCCGAUUGAAUGGGUGAGCACACAUAGAUACCACCAUCAGUUUUGUGACACAGAUAAAGAUCCACACAGCCCUAUUGAGGGAUUUUGGUUUAGUCAUAUGAGUUGGCUCUUUGACACUGACAAUGUUGCUAAAAGGUGUGGGGAGACAAACAAUGUUGGAGAUUUAGAGAAGCAGCCGUUCUACAAGUUUCUUCAAAAGACUUACAUUCUUCAUCAUGUAGCACUUGGAGCUCUACUCUAUGCAAUGGGUGGAUUUCCUUACAUUGUUUGGGGAAUGGGUGUAAGGACUGUGUGGGUUUAUCAUAUCACUUGGCUGGUGAAUUCAGCUUGCCAUGUUUGGGGCAGACAGGCAUGGAACACCGGCGAUCUAUCGCGAAAUAACUGGUUGGUGGCAGUGCUUGCAUUUGGAGAGGGAUGGCAUAACAACCAUCAUGCCUUUGAGUAUUCAGCUAGACAUGGGCUAGAGUGGUGGCAAAUUGAUAUGACUUGGUAUGCAAUUAGGCUUCUUGAAGCAGUUGGAUUGGCCACUGAUGUCAAGUUGCCUACACCAGCACAGAAGCACAAAAUGACAUUUCCUAUAAUCAAGCCAUUAAAUUAGUCUAAUGUAUAGGGCCCUCACUUUGUUGAGUUUGUACAAAUAAUUUCCAUGGCUUUUAAUGCCUUGAUAUCAAUGCGUCAUAGAGUGGUGAAUUAA